AUGUCUGCUGUCUAUCAAGAGAUCAAACGCCUCACUCAAGAGCUACUUAAAGAGAAUUUUACUAAAAUAAUUGCUUACAUUAGUAAGGAUGUUAGUCUAACUAAUCAAAUGAAAGAUGCCCUGGCUCUCUUUGAUACUGAUGAAGAGAAACGUAAUUACCUGGUAACUUUUUUGGACUCUAUUGGAGCUGAACCCGAUUUGAGUUUCGAGGAACUCAUGAAACAGAUAUUAAAAGGCUCAAUUGCUAGAUCGGAUAGCACAAUUCAAGAUUUCUCUAGUUGUAUACCUCUAAAGGAACGAAAUAUGACUCCAGCAAUAAAAAUAAUCUCAAAAAAUUUCAUACAAUCAAAGUCUGCAUCUAAUGCUACAGUCGCAAAAUCUGGCUGUGAAUUUCUUGUCUGUUGCGGAGCUCCUGGUAUCGGUAAAACUCGCUACGGAGUUGAAUUGUUUAAUCAUUUGAAAAAAAAUCCAGAAGAAAUUUCAAGACAUUCUCCCUUUGCUCCCGAUUUUUUAUCAAUUUACCUUGAUUUCGGACAAAAUGUAGAGCUGGAUGUACUUGAUAACAAUUUGUCUGUUGAUUCUAUACUCGCUAUACGUAUCGCUUUCGAAUUCUUCGUUUCCAGAUCGAAUCAAAUGGACUUUAUAGAAUUCCGCGCAAAGGUUUAUCAGCACUUCAAACAAAGUAGUACGACAGGUCUGUUGGAUCUGGGGAAAUUUCAUUCGAUCAUCAACCUAAGCAACGUAAUUCGAAACAUUCGUAAGUAUCGUCGGUUACCGAAUAAUCAAACCCUAUUUAUUUUCCUUCAUAUCGACGAAAUUCAAAUAAUAUUCAAUUAUGAAAAAUAUUGGAGAAAAGAGGAUGUAAAUUUACAAUCGGAAAGGAGUAAUCAUUCUUCAUAUCAAGAAACUAAAAAGGGAAUUUUCAAGAAAUUAUUGUAUGUAUUGGGAUCAUAUAUGAAGUCAAACAUCAACUUUAUUCAAACAUUUCUGUCUGGGACGGCAUUACAAGAUGUCGUUCAGCAGAAAGAACCGACAAUGUAUACUUUCGAUUAUAUCAAUUGUCCUCUUCUCUCAAUGACUGCCUGUAUCGAGAUAGUGGAUCAUUUCGCAAAACAAUAUGGUGAUACUGAGCUCCGAUGGUGUCUUGAUCGACCAUUUAUAAAAAUCCUGGAUGAUGCCCGUGGUCUUCCACGUGCAAUUGAGUAUAUUCUCAACGAUGUUUUGGGUACGAGCCACGAUAAUGCAAAAAAUUUUUUCGGGGAUAGUAUCAAAGGUCAAUAUCUUCAACAAUCAUCCGAUUUCUUCAUCAGGAUUGCAGUCAGAUUAGAUAAGAGCUAUGCCAUAACUAACUUUGUUGAAAAAAAUAAAAAUCUUGCACUUGUAUUGCUCAAAAAUUGUAUGAGAAAUGAUUCUGUUACAAGGUCUCAGAAAGUAUUGAUGAAUGAUGAAAAUUGCUCAUUCACUUAUGGGGAACUAGAAAGAGAUCAACAUAUCAUCCUGGAAGAAAACAAUAAACAACUUUCGAUCACUAUGCCAGUAUAUUUCAUUUAUCUUUACAAUAAAGUACUCAAACUUGCUGAUGGUAUUCUUGCGAACAUGUUAAAGCCAGAUUCAGUCCAUGGGAUGGAAUGGAAACAUUGGGAAUUAUUUGUCACACAUUUUGAAGCAUUUAAAGUUAACCUUCUU